AUGCCGAGGCCAGAGCUUUGGCCCAACGAUCCAAGCCGUGCUGCAGUAUCUGGUUUGGAUGGCCCCAAGGCUGAUGACCCAAGCCUCCACCUGGCAGCAAAGAGCAAGAGGCCUGUGAGGGUGAUCAGCUUCCUGGGCGGGCCUCCCAGUCUCGGGCAAGGCAGCCUGAUGGAUUACUUGGCAAAGACCAAAAUGCUCCGAAGCACAAGACCGGAGCGAAACAAACCCACAUCGCCAACAAGUGCAGAAAUGGAAAUGGGGUUUGCGGUGGGCGUGGACGAUGUUGCAGAGACAGCUCAAGAGCCGGGCAUGAAGAAAGCUACUUCCUUGGCUUCUGCAUUCUACGAGGAGGCAUCCCUGGUGGCGACGUCCCUGGGUGUCAGUAUCGACGUGUUUGUGAUCUCCAAAGCACCUGUUGGGCUCGAUGUGUUGUCAACAAUUGCCAACAACACAGGUGGAGGUGUGUGGUUGUACCCAAGUGUGCAGGAUGCGAUGCUGACUCAGGACCUAUAUCGCCACCUGUCCUCCCCCCAUGCGCAGAACUGCCUUCUCAAAGUGAGAACUUCCCCUGAGUUUCGGGUUGCCAGGCUCUACGGCCGCGUCUUCAAGGACCCCAUGUACGAUGACGUGUACCAUAUGAUGAGCUGCGACGCCUUUGAUGUGGUGACCGUGGAUUUCGAGUUCGUUCAUAAAGAGGGCUUUGGCAACCCGCCAGCGGCAGUGCCCACAGUGCAGGUAGCCUUUCAAUAUACAACUGUGACAGCCGAUGGCCAGGAGCCCAAACUGCAGAGGAGAAUGAGGAUCUGUACCAUACAGGCGCAGGUUGCCCGAAAUCCGGUUGAGAUCUUCAACAGUGCAAAUGCAGAGUCCAUCAUCUGCAUGUUGUUGCACAAAGUGCUGGCAGCCACUGAGAAGGAGGGCAAGCAGCAGGCUGCCCUGCUGCUGCAAGAUUGGUUGGUCAUCCUGGCUGCAAGCUACGACAAGCUGACGCAUCGCCAUGGCGAGGGGCAGCUGCAUGAGCAGGGCCAGCCUUUCGUGCCGUUCGAGGACUGCGAGGCCCUGCAAGCUGUGCCCCGACUGGUGUACGGGCUGCUUCGCAGCCCCCUGAUGCUGGGCGGCCAAGUGGGCCCUCUGGCGCACCCCGAUUUGCCGACCUUCCUCCGGCACCAGUGGACGAGCCUGCCCCCUUCGCACCUCCACCGCGCCAUGUACCCUCAGCUAUCGUCUUACUCUUCCGCCAGUGCGCAGACCCUCCCCAGCCACUCGCUGAGUGUCGCCGCCGUCGCCGGCACAGAAGCGCCCAUCUUCCUCUUGGAUGCGCUCACGACGGUGCUCGUCUACUACAAGCGCUCCUGCCCGCCCGACCUGCCAUUCCCACCCCCUCCCAACAGCCUCCUGAGGACCACAGUGAACGAGCUGCGGCAGAACCGGCGCAUGGCGCCAAAGUACAAGGCCGUCCGCCAGGGCGAGGACGACGCGCAGCUGUUCGAGGGCCGCCUGAUCGACGAACCGCUGGAAGCGGGUAAGAAACUUGAGGGCGAGGCAGCUGCGGCUUUCACGGGAUAUUUCCAUUUCUUGGAGUGGCUGAGAGGGGCGGCUGCUACGCUGGGCAGUCAGGAAGCUGAUUAG